CAGCAGCCGGCGACCGGGACAGGCUGUCACUGGCGUCCCCGGCCCGCGCCUGCCAGCAUGAGCUCCAGGAAGCGGAGCUUCUCCUUCGGGGCCUAUGGAGGGGUGGACAAGUCAUUCAUCUAUCACAGAAGCCUCCGGAAGAACGAUGUGCCAAGCCAGCAUGUCUCACACACCGUAGAGCUGCCCUGGGUGGGCUCUGCUCCACCCCACCCCAAGACGUCAGAGUUGUUUGAGAUGAUCGAAAAGAUGCAGGGAAGCAGAAUGGAUGAACAGCGAUGCUCCUUCCCACCCCCUCUCAAGACCGAAGAGGAUUAUAUCCCGUAUCCCAGCGUCCAUGAGGUACUGGGGCGCGAGGGGCCGUUCCCCCUCAUCCUGCUUCCACAGUUCGGGGGCUACUGGAUCGAAGGCACCAACCAUGAGCUGACCGGCAUCCCUGAAACCGAGUCGCUCCCGUCUCCAACCUCCAAGGGGAAACUGGAAUGUAACCACAUGGCCAGGAUCUACAGGAAGCAUUUCCUGGGCAAGGAGCACUUUAACUACUACUCCCUGGACACAGCACUGGGCCACCUCGUCUUCUCCCUCAAGUAUGAUGUCAUUGGUGACCAGGAGCACCUGCGGCUGCUGCUCAGGACCAAGUGCCGAACCUACCACGAUGUCAUCCCCAUCUCCUGCCUGACCGAGUUCCCCAACAUCGUGCAGAUGGCCAAGCUGGCGUGCGAGGACGUGAACGUGGAUCGGUUCUAUCCCGUGUUGUACCCAAAGGCCUCCCGUCUCAUUGUCACCUUCGACGAGCAUGUCCUCAGCAAUCACUUCAAGUUCGGUGUCAUCUACCAGAAGUUGGGCCAGACGUCCGAGGAGGAGCUGUUUGGCACCACCGAGGAGAGCCCAGCCUUCAUGGAGUUCCUCGACUUCCUGGGCCAGAAAGUCCAGCUGCAGGAUUUCAAAGGGUUCCGGGGAGGGCUGGACGUGACCCAUGGCCAGACGGGAACAGAAUCCGUCUACUGCACCUUCCGCAGCAAGGAGAUCAUGUUCCACGUGUCCACAAAGCUGCCCUACACCGAGGGCGACGCCCAGCAGUUGCAGAGGAAAAGGCACAUCGGGAACGACAUUGUGGCCAUCGUCUUCCAGGAUGAGAACACACCCUUCGUGCCGGACAUGAUCGCCUCCAAUUUCCUGCACGCCUACAUCGUGGUGCAGGCGGAGAAGCCCUGCUCCGAGAGCACGCUCUACAAGGUCUCCGUCACGGCCCGGGACGAUGUGCCUUUCUUUGGCCCCCCACUGCCUGACCCAGCCGUUUUCAGAAAGGGCCUCGAGUUCCAGGAGUUUCUGCUGACCAAGCUGAUCAACGCCGAGUAUGCCUGCUACAAAGCCGAGAAGUUUGCCAAGCUGGAGGAGCGCACGCGGGCAGCUCUGCUGGAGACGCUGUACGAGGAGCUGCAUGUUAACAGCCAGUCCAUGAUGGGCCUGGCUGGGGAUGAGGACAAGCUGGAGAACGGCAGCGGGGGGAGCGGAGGCUUCUUCGAGUCCUUCAAGCGCGUGAUCCGCAGCCGCAGCCAGUCCAUGGAUGCCAUGGGCCUCAGCAGCAAGAAGCAGAACACGGUGUCCACCAGCCACAGCGGCAGCUUCGGCCACAACAACCCAGACAUGGGCAAAACCACAGGCAUAUCAUUGCUUGUCCCUGGAAAAGCGCCAAGUAGGUGCGGACGUCGCGGCAGCGCCAUAGGGAUAGGAACCAUAGAAGAGUCGUUGAUUGUUCCUGGGAAGAGCCCGACACGGAAGAAAUCCGGCCCCUUCAGCCCCCGGAGAAGCAGCGCCAUCGGCAUCGAGAACAUCCAGGAGGUGCAGGAGAAAAGGGAGAACCCAGCAGGUCCCCAGAAGACGCCUGACAGCGGCCACGUGUCCCAGGAGCCCAAGUCGGAGAACUCGUCCAACCAGAGCUCUCCAGAGAUGCCCACCACGAAGAACAAGGGGGAGCCAGCGUUGCAGAGGCCCGAGGUGCUGCGGGAUUUCUCCUGCUCGUCAUCCAGCGCCAGCAGCUUCGGCAGCGUGGUGGAGGAGAACGAGGGUGCUGACGAUGACACGGGUGUGGAGAGCCAGGCCUCGGGGACGCCUCACAAGCGAGACUCCUUCAUCUACAGCACAUGGCUGGAUGACAGCCUCAGCACUGCCAGCGGCGGGAGCUCUCCAGGCCCCUCCCAGUCUCCCCAGCCAGAGCCCAGGAAACCUGGAGACCCUUCCUGUCCGGAGAUCAAAAUCCAGCUGGAGAGGUCUGAGCGGCACACGCCCCACCUGAGCUGCUAGUCCCUCACCUAGUCUCCGUGGACGUGCAUCCCCCAAAGCCUGGAGAAGACGGGGAUUCUUACGGCCUGUGCCCAGCGCCCUUGCCCCACUCUCCUUCGCCUGCAGCACCCACACAAGAAGCACAAGCUGAAGGGCUUGAGGAGGGCCCCGACCUCUGUCACAGCUGAAGACGACUGGCCUAUCGCUGAAGCCAGCAGCCGAAGCCUGUGGCCUAAGAUGGCCAGGCCAGCUCCCUCCUUCCCUUCCCACAAUGCGGCCAGGCACUGGCUGCCUGAGAGCCGGUGCUGGCACACUGGGAAGGUCCCACCACAUGGCUGAGGAGGAUCAGGCCAUCCGCCCGCGCCCAAAGCCUCUCCCGCAAGCGAUCGAGGCCUUGGAAGAGAUUGCUGGUGGCCCUGCCCGUCGUGUCCCCAGUCCCCACCCAGAGCUCGGAUUGCUCGGCACUUUCCUGAUGGGACAUGCGGUGCCAGACACAUCGUCCUUGCCCAGCCCUUGUACCCUGGGACGUGUCCUGCAGCCCAGGGCACCUGGCAGCCUUGAAGGAACCUCGCCAGAGAGGAAGCCAUUUGUACCCAGGCACUCGGCUGCCAGGAACGAUGCCAUGGUGUGUUAGAGCCCAGCCACUCCCCACUGAUGGGCCAAACACCCGUGGCAGCUAGACUCCCCAGCCCCCACCUCUCCCGGCCAGCUGUUCCCCGUUCCCCACAUUGGCCAGUCUUACCCUGUGAGCCGCCUCAGGGCCGUCCCUGGGAGUCUGACCCAGCCCCGGAGGAGGAAGGGUGGCACGUAGAUGGUAUCUAGGGUGAAGGAUGCCUGUCACUGGAAGAGCCCAGGAUAGGGAGGAGUCCUGGGGGAAGGAGGGAUUGGGAGACUUGGCAAACUAGAAGUGGGACCCUGGUCCAAGGGAGAAGGUCUGACCCUGGCCCUGGCCUGAAAGGCCAUGCCUCCAACUGUGCACGUCCAGCCCCCCUGCAGCGCUCCGACAGGCUGGCCGAUCUCCAGCGGCAGGUGUAUAUACCCCCCUCUACUCCCGUCUGUACACAGCCACCUAGCAUGGCCUCGAACAGCAGCCGUGGCGCUGGGCUGAUGCCCAGGGUGCGGAGGAAAGAGCCGGGCCUGGAAUGGCUCUGCCCUGCCAGAGGGAGGGCUGCUUCACCACCGCACACCAGUGAGGGUGUGGCCGGCCUGGGCAUGGAGGCAAAAGCCGGGGAGGUCUGUGCCCCAGUGCCGUGGGACACUAGCCCAGACUUUCAGCAUCCCCCCACUGGCAACACAGGGCUGCGCAGUGCCCCUCGGCAGGGUCCCCUCGGUCUGGCACCUUAUGCCCCAGCUGCUCCAUGAGCCUGGCAGCAUGGGGGGGGCUUCACCUGGGCCCCAGCACAGGGGCUCCCUGUGCACACUGCUCCCCUCCUGCCCUUAGUGAUGCCCAUACACUCCACAAACACCACUGUCGCUCUGACUCGUGGCCAGCCGGGGGCGCCCCAGCCCCCACUCUGUUCUUAGCACCCUGGAAGCAGAGUCCUGCGGAGAGCAAUGGGGCGCUGCGGGCCGGGUGAGGCAUGCGAAUGGCUGUGUGCCUUCAGCCUGGGGUCUGUGAGAGAGCUCGGCUGCAUUCGGCCUCACGACUGCCCAGCUCUGGGGCACCCAGGCCUGACCAGAAUGGAAUCAGAGCGUGUGUGAACCCAGGACUGGGCAAACGCCUGACGCCCUUAGAGUACGUUUAUCCCAAAGAGCCAUGGCGACUGACAGACCCAUUGCAGCCACACAAGUGAACCCCGGCUCCUGCUGCAGGCGGCUGGCUAGCUAGCUGACAUGCUGCACCAGUAGCCCAGAGGCAAGGGAGGUUCGACAGGCCUGGGCAGGAAAAGCCGAUUCAUUUUUUCAGGGAUUUUUUAAAAAUUUAUUUUUUUCCUAGAAAGCUUCCUGCACUAUUUUUUGGUUUUUGUUUUUGAUGAAAAAAAUGACCCGAAACCCCUGAAUGGUGAGUUUUCACAAACACCUUUCUGGUCAAAUUUCCAAUUUUUUGUGAAAAUAUUUUAACCCAGAAAUGUUCCAUUUAUGUUUUUUCAUUGACAGACCGGAACAUUUUGACUAAAGUGACGCAGGGGUGCCAGGAGUCCCUGAACCUAGCCAGCCCUCCCCCCCCGCCCCCCCCCAAAAAAAAACUGGGCAGGGGGAAAAAUAUUACCAAAAUAAAAAUUUUCCACCCCAAAAAAAUCAUUUUGCUGAAAAAUACCUUUUUUGUUGGAAAAAACACAUUUUUGGGGGAAAAGUCUGCCAGCUGUGAUAUUAACCUCUUCUGUGCCACUGCCCAGGGUCACGGACAGCACAUGAUGCACUACAAACAGCAGACCUAUGCUGCUCUCCAGAGCAGCUUCCUGGCUGCCACAGGGGUCACCAGCCACGCCGAGUCCAUUAGCUCCUGAAGUAGGAUGACCUUGGUGUGUAGGCAUGGGUCUGUUUUCAUGUGGGGGCAUGCACAGCACAUUGUAAAAAAAAAAAAAAUUGAAAUGGCUUCCUCUGCGGGCAGGAAGGUACAAUGCCAUGAUGUGUAUGUAUUUAAUUUUAAACUGCCUACUGUCUAUGUAAUAUAACGAUGCUGUGAACACCCAGGGGUAUUUUAUGUCUGUGUUGUAUUCAUUUUUUUAAAGCGACAUAAAAUGCAUUGGAUCCAAUUCUAAAUUAAUGUUCAGAAACUACUUUUUUUUAAAAUCCAAAAUUGUGUUUGUGUUUCUGGUGACAUAUGUAUAAAAUAAAGUUCUAUUUAUCGCUAUUGUAA